UUGGGCAUUUCCUUAGAAAUAAAGCCACCAUCCUACAAUACGUCAUACAGUAUUUGGCAAGGUAAGUGACAACUUCAAAUAAUGAGUCAUCCAUGUGUAUAAAUACAGCAACACUGCUAAGCUGGGAAACUCAGAUCCUGGAGAGGCACUAUGAGGAUGAAGAUUCCUGCAGUACUCACUCUGGCUCUGCUAAGCUUCACUCUUUGUACCAGUGAAGAGGUUACACGGUGCAACCUGGUUGGCCACUGGAAGGAUGAUCUUGGCUCUAACAUGACCAUUGAUACUGUCUUUGAAAAUGGAACAUUUUUUGGCAAAUAUCUGACAGCUGUGUCUUCCACUAAUAAUACAAUUGUGGAAUGGCCUCUAAUUGGAUAUCAACAACUGCCUUUAUUUGGGUUUACAGUGAAGCUUUUUUCCAAUUAUAUUGUAGUGUGCACAGGACAGUGUUUCUUGGAAAAGUCUGGGCAGCAAGUUCUUCAAACCUCCUGGCUUUUGAGAUCAGAGGCUCCGAAUAUUGAGAAUAACUGGUGGCAAACAAGAGUUGGAUAUAAUAUAUUCUACCCACUGAAGAAAAGAAACUAAAGGGAAGAAUUAUUCACCGUCUCCACCACAACUUCAAACCUUUCUAAAAGUCUGAAAUGCUUGAAUGAGUUAAAUUAGUACAUUUUCUUUAUUCACAAAAUUCUUAAAUUAUUUGCUUUUCUGCACGCUAUGUCUUACAUGAGCACUCAAAUUACGAAGUCAAAUUACGAAGAGAUUAAAUGUACAGAGUAGUGUAUAAUGAUGAGAUGGCCAUUGCCAGAUUUUGCCAGUGAGAAAUAAAUUGGGAUAUAAAGCAAUUGCAUAGGAUUGAAAUGUAGGACUGUGAAUUAGGAAACAGAAUCUUGUGCUUCAAUGUACAUAUAUAGUUGCAAAUUUCACAUACAACAUUUUCAAAAUAUUAAAUCUAUUAUGAAUGCAUAACUAAAAAAAAACUCUGAAAAGACUAUACAUUCAUUUUAAAAACCCGCUUCUCAUCUCACAAUGAAAGCAGCAGUCUCAGUUGCAGUCUAAGGGGCAGAUCCACAGAGAUCUGCACCCGCGCAGCGUAUC